CGUCUUGUUGGUUGUGAAUCCUGAGCGAUGGGUCAGAGAGGAUCUCAGGUUUUAGCCUAUAAGCGAGAUGGGUUGUUCUCAGUCUUUGAUUUGGGCUCCCAAUGGAGUAUCCACGAAGGCCACUUCCACCCCGGAGGCUUAUUUGCCAGUGUCGGUCAGAUGGGAGUCGGAUUCGGCAUCUCACCCAAUUCUUCUAACUCCUGCGCCCAGGACGACACUAACCCUCUUUACACAAAUUUGUGUAUGAAAUAUGUGCCUUCUGCUGAGGCUGCUACUAUUGAGGAAGGUGUAGUGAAAAACAAAACGAAGAAGAAGAAGAAGGCUGGUUUUCAAUUGAGAAUAAGGGUUCAAAAUCCUUCACUGCGGAGAUUGAUAAGUGGUGCAAUUGCUGGGACGGUGUCAAACACUUGUGUAGCGCCAUUGGAGACUAUAAGAACUCAUUUGAUGGUGGGUAGCAGUGGGCACUCUGUCACAGAGGUGUUCAAUGAUAUCAUGAAGAAUGACGGAUGGAAGGGAUUAUUUAGGGGCAACUUGGUGAAUGUUAUUCGGGUCGCACCCAGCAAGGCCAUUGAGCUUUUUGCUUUUGAUACAGUCAACAAGAACCUAUCACCCGGACCAGGGGAAGAACCAAAAAUUCCAAUCCCUGCUUCAUUAGUUGCUGGAGCCUGUGCUGGAGUUAGUGCAACCCUCUGCACAUACCCCCUUGAAUUGCUCAAAACCCGAUUAACCAUACAGAGAGGGGUUUAUGAUGGCCUUUUAGAUGCUUUCAUUAAGAUACUUAAAGAGAAGGGGCCUGCAGAAUUCUACAGAGGCCUCACUCCCAGUUUGAUUGGAGUGAUCCCAUAUUCUGCAGCCAAUUACUUUGCUUACGACACGUUGCGAAAAGCCUAUCGGAAGAUCUUUAAGCAAGAAAAAAUUGGCAAUAUUCAAACCCUUUUAAUCGGAUCAGCUGCGGGUGCCAUUUCGAGCAGUGCGACGUUCCCACUGGAAGUAGCUCGCAAGCAGAUGCAGGUUGGAGCCCUCAGUGGAAGACAAGUCUACAAGAACGUAAUUCAUGCGCUGGUAAGCAUACUUGAAAGGGAAGGCAUUCAGGGGUUAUAUAAAGGGCUUGGCCCCAGCUGCAUCAAGCUGGUGCCCAAUGCAGGUAUUUCGUUCAUGUGUUAUGAAGCUUGCAAGAGAAUUCUCGUAGACAAAGAUGAUGAAAAUUAGAAGGUAACAUUUUACAUCAAACUUUGGCGCAAAGUUGGAGAAGAAUACCAAAACCCACCUCGGUUUUUUUGGUGUCUUGAAGAACUUUGCAUCUUCCCAGUGCUAAGAGAUUUGUUAUUGUUCAUAAAUGCAUUAGAAUUUGGUGACAGAGAAG